AUGAGUGAACGAACGAAGAGAGACGAUGGAUUAAACUCAAGCUAUAUAGGCGUUUCUGAUUCUGAAGAUGAUUUUAGUUCUGCUUUUGGAAACGAAAACGAUGCUCUUGAUAACUACAACGUUUCAGAUAAACUCAAGAAUCUGCUAAGAAUGGGUAACUUUCGACUAGAAGAGAGCGGCCUGACUCAGCUUGAGGAUGAAUCAGACGAUGAUUCCAUAAGACCUAUUCGAGAGAUUGAGAAAAGUUUGAUAUCAGAUAGCAAUAACAACAACAAUAGUGAAAACAAAUACAUGAACUUUCCAUUAAGACCUGUUGACGAUGAUACAAUUACCGAAAAGAAGAAAAAGAAGGUUGAUAAGUUAAAACGUCGAGAGAAAGAAAAAGAAAAGAAGAAGAAGAAAAAGACUAGAGAUGAUAUCCUGGAACAGCCGCCUCAGAAACAACGACGAGACGUACAUGACUUUUUGGAGAGGUUAAGGCAAGAACAGUCAGAUGGGGAGGAGGAAGAAUUCAGUAGAAAACGUAGAAGCGGCGGUAGGAAGACGAGGAAGAACAGAGACGAUUUAAGGUCAAAGGUCGAUGAGAACGGAGAAAGACUAGUACGGGAGACGGAACUGUUGAAUAGUUCAUCAGACGAUUCAGACGAUGACAGACCUAUGUCCAAGAGAGAAGAAAUGGAAAUGUAUCGUCAAAGAGAACGUAUUCUGAGAGCUAAUGAAGUAAAGAUCAAGCCAACGAUGAACAUAAAGUCAUAUGAAGACUUUAUUAAGCGUAGAGAACAACGCGAGCAGGAAAAAAGGUUAAAGAAAGAGCAAGAACAAGCGAAAAUGCAAGUUCAACAUGAUAGUGACAGCGAUGACCUUGAAAUUAUCUAUAACUCCAAACUAAAAAUCACUUCACCAGACCGCCCCAAAUAUCCAUUUUUGGCAGUGUCGCCUGUUCGUAAUGCAGAAACCUAUAGACGAGAGCAUAACUCGAUGCUGCUCAAAAAACUAUAUGAACAAACCCAGGAACAUAGAAAACAGAUGGAAGAAGCAGCAAAGGCAAAAGGAAAUUUUGUGUCGGCUGUAGAUAGAGCAAAGAAAUUGAUUGAACAAGAGAAAAGGGCACAGAUCAUAAAUGAACAAGUCGAAAAGCAUUUUAAAAAGAAAUCAACUUUGUUCUCAACU